CCAAACCUCCAGAAACUGUAUGGGUGAACCUUGUCUAAUCCUAGAAUGUAUAGAUUCAGAAGACAGUCUUCAAUCCCAAUUUCCUCUUCAAACCGACCGCCCGUUUUUGCAGGGGAGCAAAGGUGGUCCUCUUUUUCCGGGACAUGAAUUGGCAGGGAUCCUCGGGCCUUACUGAAACCGGCCUGGGGGCCAUUUUGGACGGUGGGAAUGGGGUAAAAAACGAGGCCGCGCAGCAAAGUGGACGGCCCAAAGAGUUUGGAUACGAGCAUCAAAACAGGCCUCUGUCACUGUAAAAACACAUGGCUCAAGUGUGGCGUGUCCAGCCCUGUGGAAGCUGUGUGUGUUUCUUUUGUGGUUUAAGCUUAGUCCCAGCUCUGAAUGCAAGCAACAAAUCCCUAGCGAAAGCCCCAAAGCAGAAGAGCCGAGGGCCGGCCGCCGCUUUCGUAACGCCUGGUGUAUUCGAGAGGAAUUUCCCACUACGUUUCGACUCUUGCGAAACUGAAACGACGGCAAAGGGGAACUCGGCCGAGCUCGUCCGCCUGCGCCCCGAACGCCACCGGUCACAGGAAUCCAUCUGACUCACGAAUAAUGAUUUGAGCAAUCUGAAGCGUAAGGUCGCCUUAGCGGGACAAUGAUUAACCCGGGAGCGUCCAGGAGGGGUGAAAGAGCAUUCCAGAGUUCUCAUUCCGACUGAUAGCUGUCUGAGGAGAGGACGCUCGCCUGCCGAUCCACUCCAGCAGUACUCCACCCACAGUGAUGGAGCAGUUUGCCGGCCUACGCCCCGGAGAAGCGGUGGAGAGAGUGGCCGCCACGCUGGGCUGCAGCCCGACCUCUGACCGGGUGGCGGCUUACUUUGACGCGCACGACAAACUAAGCCAGCUCAGGGAAAACUUCCUGCUGCCCAAAAUCGCAGACUUGCCUCCCUCUGAUCUCUCGCUGGUCGACGGGAGGAAAGAUUGCGUCUACCUUUCGGGAAACUCGUUGGGGCUCCAGCCAAAAAUGGCAGAGAAGUAUCUCCGGGAGGAGCUGGACAAGUGGGCCAAGACAGGCGUUCACGGUCACACGCAGGGCUCCAGGCCUUGGGCCUGGGCUGAAAACAACAUCGAGGAGCUCAUGGCGAAGGUUGUUGGCGCUAAAACCGAGGAAGUAGCCCUGAUGAAUGGCCUGACGGUUAAUCUGCAUCUCCUGAUGCUUUCCUUCUACAAGCCCACCGCGACUCGACACAAAAUCCUCCUGGAGGACAAAGCCUUUCCCUCAGAUCACUAUGCUGUAGAGUCUCAAAUUUGCCUGAGAGGAUUUGACCCGAAGCACAGCAUGCUGCUCCUGUCCCCCAGACCGGGAGAGGACACUCUGAGGACGGAGGACAUCCUGGAGGUGAUCCGGGAGCAGGGGGACUCCAUCGCCGUGGUGAUGUUCAGCGGUGUCCAGUAUUACACCGGCCAGCUGUUCGACAUGGCGGCCAUCACUGAGGCUGGUCACAGGAAGGGCUGCUUCGUUGGCUUCGACUGCGCCCAUGCGGCCGGAAACGUCGAGCUGCAGCUGCACGACUGGGACGUGGACUUUGCCUGCUGGUGCUCCUACAAGUACAUCAACUCGGGCGCCGGCGGCCUCGCCGGGGCGUUCGUCCACGAGAAACACGAGCUCACCAUCAAACCCGCGCUGCUGGGAUGGUGGGGGCAUGACCUGAAAACUCGCUUCCAGAUGACAAAUGAGCUGCAGCUGCAGAAGGGAGUGAGCGGCUUCAGGCUGUCAAACCAGCCCAUCCUGCUGGUCUGCCCGCUGCAGGCCAGUUUGGAGGUCUUCAACAAAACCAGCAUGCAGGAGCUGCGCAGGAAGUCGGUCCUGCUGACGGGGUACCUGGAGUAUCUAAUCCAGCACUACUACACCAAAGACUCGGCACAGCCUCGCAAGCCUCACGUCCGCAUCCUCACGCCCUCCGACCCGCAGCAGAGAGGCUGCCAGCUCUCGCUCUCCUUCUCGGUGCCCAUCAGGAGAGUGUUCCAGGAGCUGGAGAAGAGAGGGGUCGCCUGUGACAUGAGGGAGCCCCGGGUGCUGCGCGUGGCUCCGGUGCCCCUCUACAACUCCUUCAGCGACGUCCACCGCUUUGUGGAAACGCUGGGAGCAGCUCUCGCCGCCAGCGGCCAGUGAAAUAGAGCCUGCAUCUGGAGCACCCCCCCGCCUGACAGACAAAGGGGGCUUCCCCUCUCAAAUAUGUGACUGCGACCGUUGUAAACUAACGGUGAACGGAAAUCUGCAAAGUGACUCAGGAAAAGUGGUUCCUCACGAGUAAUUCCACUCAAGAAGGGGACAUUUUGUAAUGAAUCAAAUCACUUCUCUUCUUUAGUUCUUCCCUCUAAGCAUCCUCAGAAGGUGACAAGCUCAGUGAGGAGCUCAGAUCUUUUGCCUUUCUGGACACAUGCAGCCGAAUUGUGCUGAAUGUUAUGCACGAUGCACCCGACCAUUUUAAAUAAAGACCAAACAACAGAAAAACAGGCACUCAUUUUUCUCGCUUUGAAUCUGGAUUUAGUGAGGAAAACCAUUACGGUAUCCAAAAGCAUCACUUGGAGGGAAAAAAAAGAAAAUCAAACGAAACAAAACAAAGACAAAGCGACAAAGCUCCAUCCGAUCAGUUGGCGUUUUGAAAUCAGGUUCUCUCUCUCUUUCUUUCUUCUCCGUCUAGUCCUCCCCUCGGUCGAGCGUUUGGGCACGACAACCCUGGAGCUCACAGCACGGCCUUUGCAAAUGACAUGAUUCUGGGGAGCGGGGGGGGGGGGGGGGGGCAAGAAUCUAAUGAAACUCCCUCUCCUCCCGACCGCCUAACUCUGCUGUACAUUACACACCCGAGUUAGCCGACAGUUCUCCCCUAACCAAUUAACACCUACUUUAUUAUAACGUUGACUUCUCCCUAAUGUUCCUGCAUGUAUUUAUGCACUAUUACCUUGAUGGAUGCCUAUUCCACUAUGAGACAUAACUGGCAUAUCAAUAUGCAAAACCUAAAUGGAUUAACCUUCUUUAAAACUAAUGAGCACAUGGACACCCAGCUGGGGAAUGGACCCAAAUUAGCAUUUGUCAUCUUUUUGGGCUGAUGUGAGAAUAAAUAAUUGAAGAGAUGCUGGUUAUUGUCUUUCCUGGGGCUACUGCAGCUUAGAGAGACUGUACUGUAG